CCACUGCAGACACUGUUGAGAUGAAGCUUUACUUCUUUGUUUUUACCCUAGCUUUAUACAUUCAGCAGAAAUAUGUCCUCACUCUUCAAAGUGACCAAGUUUUGUCAGCUCUCCCACGAACAGCAACACAAGUUGAAUUCCUCCAGAAUUUGACAACCAAUUUUGAGGUUGUUCUCUGGCAACCCGUUACAGCUGAAAACAUCAAGAAAGACAAAGAAGUCCAUUUUGUUGUCAAUGCAUCUAUUAUAAAUGAUGUGAAAGCUGAACUAAAACAAUCCACCAUCCGAUAUAAAGUUUUGAUGAACAAUGUACAAGACCUUAUUGAAGCACAAGCUGUCAAUGACACAGCCCACCCACGCAGCUCUGUAUCAUAUUAUGAACAGUAUCACUCUCUGAAAGAGAUAAAUUCUUGGAUGGAUUAUAUAACAGAACAAAAUGCGGAUAUCCUCCAGAAAAUAUGCAUUGGAUCUUCAUAUGAGAAACGUCCACUUUAUGUUUUGAAGCUUUUUAAGAGAAAUAAAACACCAAAAAAUGCCAUAUGGAUUGACUGUGGUAUCCAUGCUAGAGAAUGGAUUGCUCCUGCUUUCUGCAUAUGGCUUAUAGGACAUGCAGCCCAUUUCCGUGACAGAGACCAGACCUUUUCAAGACUUCUGGAACAUUUUGAUUUUUAUGUUAUGCCAGUGAUGAAUGUGGAUGGCUAUGAGUACACGUGGAUGUCUAGAUCUAUGGAGCAUCGAAUGUGGAGGAAAAGCCGCUCACGCCAUGCCAACGACAGGUGCAUUGGUACCGACAUGAACAGGAAUUUUGAUGCAGGCUGGUGUGGUGAAGGGGCAUCUGAUAAUUCAUGUCGACAGACAUACUGUGGACCCUAUCCUGAAUCUGAACCAGAAGUGAGGGCUGUGACCAGUUUUCUCAAAGCACACAAAGACAACAUUAAGGGAUAUAUAACUAUGCACUCUUACUCACAGAUGGUUCUGUUCCCAUAUUCCUAUACUAUGAACAGAAGUAAAGAUCAUGAUGAGCUGCAACUUCUGGCAAAUAAAGCUGCUGCUGCUAUUAGAAAGACAUCCAGAACCGUUUAUCAGUCUGGCCCUGGUGCAGAAACAAUCUAUUUAGCUCCUGGGGGGUCAGAUGAUUGGGCAUACGAUCUUGGCAUUAAGUAUUCUUUUACCUUUGAGCUCCGGGAUAGGGGACAAUAUGGAUUUUUGCUUCCUCCUCAUCAGAUAAGACCGACUUGUAUUGAAGCACUUUCUGCUGUGAAAGAAAUCGCUUCGCAUAUUAUGAUUAAUCUUUAAUGUAUUGUCAUUCCAUAACUUUAACAAGCAUUUUAUGUGGCUUGA